ACGCAAAAACCGAGACUCGGAUGACCACCGAAUGAACCAGUCAGGCGGUGCCCAUUCCCGUCGCCGGAAGGCUUGGACGCACCGGCGCCGGAAUUUCGGACCCCCGUCGAGUCCAUUUCUUCACUGGAAGUUCGACGACGACAAAACCACCGGUGUCGUCCAGGCCUCCGCUCGGAAGCUUGCCGCGGGGCUCUGGCAAUUGCGCUUUAACGAAAUUUCAAGGGAUCAAGACCUCAAGUUCAAUUCUGGCCCUUCUGAUCCUCCUCCGCCUCAGCUUCAGCUUGAACCGUCUUCGCCACAUCCCGAAUGUGCAUCAGAGAGUGAAACAAAGUGGAGCCCUGGCGGCUCAAAAGAAUUUGAUGACAUCUAUCGUUUUUACAACCAUGUGAAGCUUCUCAAAGAUAGGCCAGUUACUACUGGCUCUGUUGUUUCGACAAUGAAUGCAGAACUAACGGAAGCUAGAUUGUGUAUUCUUGCGCUAGAAGCUAAGCGGCAGUCCCUUAAGAAGAAAGUCAAACAUUUUUUGAGGAAGCUAGAAGAGGAAAGAAUCUAUUGGAAGAGCAGAGCACAGCAGAAAAAUCUUGCUCUUGACGAAUUGAAGGAAGAAUUAGGUAGGGAAAGGAAAAGUCGUCAGCAGGUGGAAAACCUUAACACCAAUCUGAUAAAUCAAUUAGCAGGUGCCAAGUUCUCUGCGGAGCAUUUCAUGAAAAAAUAUGAGGAAGAGAAAAAGAGCAGAAAACUCAUGCAAGAAAUUUCUAAUGGACUAGCUGAACAAAUUGGAGAAGACAAGGCUGAAGUUGAGGCAUUGAAGAGAGAAUCAAAGAAAAUUGUUGCAGAAGUGGAAGAAGAGAGGAAGAUGUUGCAGAUAGCAGAGGUUUGGCGUGAAGAACGGGUCCAGAUGAAGCUGAUCGAUGCAAAACUAACUCUUGAAGAUAAAUAUUGUCAGUUGAACAAGCUGAUAAAAGAUGUUGAAACUUUCUUAAGGUCAAGUUUUGGCACUCUGGAUAUGACGGAGUUAAGAAAAGCUGAGUUGAUCCUGCAGGCAGUUAAGUCAUUGAAUAUCCAUGGUAUUGAAGAAUUUUCUAAUGUUCCUCCAAAAUCAAAUGAUAUAUUCUCUGUUUUUGAAGAGCUCUGGCGAUGUGAAGGUAGUGAGAGGGAGAUUGAACCCUGCAUUUGUCACACUCCUUCUAGCCAUGAGGAUAAUGGGUUCAACCAAACUCAUUUGUCAAAGCAGUUGAAUUGCCAUAAUGAUUAUAAUAGUUGUUUACAGAAAGAUGCCAGAGGUUCUUGUGAUUCAUUGGAAGGGGAUAAUCCCGCAAUUGACAGGGUUGGCCAGGGAAAAACUGUUUCAAGGAGCUUUAGUGAUGGUAAUGAUAAUGCAGUCCAAUGUUCUCCAGAUAGGGAAAUCAGUGAGGUAUGCGCAGCAUCAGAGAAGCAAUCAAAGCGCAAGACAUCUUCUGCAUCUAAGCUUUGGGGAUCAUGUCCAAGCAAUGGUGAGUUUUAUAAGAUAGGCUUUGAUGAGGGUGAAGGGAGGCUUUCAAAUGGGAUAACAUCACGUUGGGGAGAAAAUUCAAAUAAAGGGUUGUUUGAACAUGAUACUACACACAGGUAUUCAGCUGGACAGAGGAUCCCAACAGACACAGUGAAUCCACACAUAACUCGAGGGAUGAAAGGGUCCAUCGAAUGGCCUCGAGCCAUUCAAAAGAAUGGUUCGAAGGUCAAGCUUUGGGAUGCAAAAAUAGAAAGCCAGAAAUCACAGUGGCGUCAUGUUCUUAAACAGAAGGCUAGGUGAAUUAGGAGCUUAUACAUUAGAAGUAGACACUUGUUUUCUUUUCUUAGUUUUUGGUUGCUAUACUUCACUGUAUUGUAUGUUUAUUUGGACACAAAUGAGA